CUUUUUGAAACUAACAAAAGAAGCUAUAAGACUUAAGCAUGACCACAGCAGUAUCAUCAAGUUCGAGCCCUCCUACAGUGCUUGAGAAACAGAUUGCAUUCCAAUAUGCUAAUGAAUGUGACUUGGAAAUCCAUUGUUCACCCUUUGGUCUCAGUGGAGUCUAUAUCAAAAUCAACGGUACCAAUCUAAUGGGGAUUGGAUCUACUAUGGGAUUAAUUACAGGUUCAACAAAAGGAUUGAUUCAUUAUAAUGAUUCAAAUGAUUUGAUUGAUCAGAAAUACAAGUUAUAUGUAAUUGUUGAUGAUGAAGGAAUGUUGAGAAUUGAUUUUACGAAAAUAUUCACCACAGCAAAGGGAGUAGAUACAAGUAAGAACUCUGACAAUAUCAAGAAAGAAGGAGAAGCCAUAAUUGAAGAUGAUGGAUAUAUACAAGAAGAAACCCCUACGUUGAUAUUUAGAGGAAAAUGUCCUGAAGGGAGACCAGAUGGGAUUGAACCAUUCAUUGGAAUAUUUCUGUUUGAGAAGGAGAAUUGAGAAAUUGCCUUUUUACUUCAUCAUGUGUAACAUUUAUAAUUUUGUUUUGGGUAUAUAUUUAAUGGAUAUUACUAUUCUUGAUAACCAAGAAUAAAGAAAAAUAUAUCAUGUAAGAGAAAUCGCCAAGUAACUACUACAGUUUGUGCUUAACUUAAUCGUGAAUCAUAUAAAAGCGGGGUGGGAGUAUUGAAAAUUUUCUUAUCAGUUGAUGCUAGUAAGUAACUUUCCCUUGGCUAAAUCCAUCUUGACUGAAAAAAAAAUCUUGAAAGAGGUUUAGGAAAUAUCCGAAGGAUAUGCAAAAUGUGUAUGGUGUCGCUACUUGAGCCUUCGGC